AUGACCUCUUUAAACCAUCACAAUAACUUGUGCCUUGUCCCCCUUCACUUCCUCUCUUCCACCUCUUGCCACUGCCCUGACCAUGUGCCGCCUAGGGAGCUUGACAAGAAAUUUGACAAAAUUUUGAACCUUAAAAAUACCUUAAAUAACAACCCUACUAACAUCCUAAAUAACCUUUGCUCUGGCCUCGAAACCUUCCUCGGCUUCAAUCCAUCUUCCAAAGGCUACACUGGCAAUGGUAUUGUGUACUCCGACUUGGACAGGCUGUGUGACGGGGUGAUGGGAUUUUUGAGUGGUGUUCUCAGUAACAUCAAAGAGCAUUUAGGGCAGCAUAAAAAUGAAAUCACACAAGCAAUUGACACUCUUAACACCAAUAAACACCUUGGUAAAAAAGGUUUUAAUGAUGCGAUUGGAAGUGUGGUUAAAGGGGUGAGAAAGUACAAUGGUUUUCUCAAGAUAUCAAAUGAUAGAGUCAGUAAGCCCGUUGUAGAAUUAUUAUCAUAUUUCACUGAAGAAUCAUCCGGUAAGUUUUGUUUAGGUUUUAAUGACAUUCAGGUUGACAAGGUUUCCGAUGACCCUAAGCAAACGGACCCCGAGGUGACCAAGGCCGACAACUUAGUGACGCAGUGCCUCGCAAAGGCCAAUGAAUUCAACAGCAAAUUAGACUCUAGUGUACCUAAAAAUAUAAAAACACAGAACGCAAUUAAUGAUCUUAAUCAUAAAUUACGUGAGAGAGUGCAUAGUGUUCGUGAGACAGUUAAGUACGAGACCGACCGGUUGACUACCUUGUCCAGGAAGGAAAAGGAGAAUUACGACGCGAUUGUGAAGAUGGUUAAGAAGCUGGAAAGUGUUCAGUCAUGUUUUAAGAGCGAGAUUACUCAGCGAGUUACUGGACUUGUUAAUAAGCUGAAGGAAGAUGUUCAGAAAAUUAAGGAGAAGCUGGAAGCCAUCUAUAAAGAAUUGGAGCGUGGUGUCUCGGCAUUGGACACAUGGGCCUGGGAGGCGGAUGGAUUUGUUAGUGACGUGAUGAUGAAGGUUGAAAAAAUACUAGAGGAAGUCGUCCAUCCUGCAGAAAGAAAAAAAUCGAUUAAUUAUGCAGCUGAAUAUAUAAAGGGGCAGGCCAUGAGUAUGCAGGAGGCCGGAGAUGCAGCAAAAAACGCUGCUCAGGAGAAUGUUAGAUUGGCGCUGACGCAGGUGAAAGAGAUGAACGACGCGCUGAAAAUGGAUUUGUAUACAGUCAAGCAAGAAAUCCAGAAAGCAAUUGUGAAUCAUGUCAAGGAGCAAAUCAAGACGCCGUAUGAUGAGUUAGAGGGGAACGUGAAACAAGAUUUGACGGUGUUGAAGGGAAAGAUUGAAGGUGAAUUAGAAGCAAUUGUGGAAAGUUCUACGACGUUUUCGGAGCAAUUAACUGCAACUGAAAAAGCAGUCGAGCACGCAAUUGGUAUUGUGCACAGUGACAUAGAGAAGCUUCAGGAGCUUACGCAAAUUGAGCAAAUUGUGAACGAUAAGAACAUCAACGUUACGGCAAAAUUACUUAAAGCAAUUGGUGGAAGUGAAGUGAUUUUUCAAAAGGUCACUGAAUAUUUUAGCAAUCUCAACACCAAAAUCAUGACGCCUCUGAAGGAUGCGAUGAAGAAGAUAGGUGAGGGGUGGGAAAUCUUUGUCAACGGCACAAAUUCGUACGAUGUAAAAAAUGCAGUUAAGAAGGCGUUCGAAGAACUGAAGAAACUUCAGGUAGUUGUUAAUGAUGCCAAUAUUGCAGGCAAUUAUGAGGAGCUGAAAAGAAGUCUAACGAAUGUUGGUCUCGAUAUAAGUGGUGUCACGGGUGAUUUAAACUCCAAAUUUACAAUAGCGGCACCUACAGUCAGGGGAUUUACGGCGUCGGUAGAUUCUUUGGGGAAGGAAGAAGCAAAAAGAAUACUCAAAGAGCUCGGAGAAAUUGCUGAAGCAGUGUCCGAGCACUCAUCAGGGGUAGUUACUGCAGUUAUGACACAGGUCCGGCAGAGAGUCAAAGAGGAAAUAAAGGUCGCCGCACAAACCCUAAACGCAAAAGUGCAAAAGAUUCAACAAGGUGUAAAUGGCUACAAUCAUAACACAAAUGUCCAGUACAGUGUCGUCGGCAACAACGAAAACGUAAAAGGCCUCAAGGCGUUGGUGAAUCAGUUCGAUACGAGAAUUAAGAACACACUUUCGAUGUUUCAAGAAAAAUUUGAGAGUGACUUUUUCAAAAAGAAAAAGCCGUCCAGCGUUAACAACGAUUACGAAUUUGGCCCAAAUCUCAUGAAAACGUUCAAAACCGCCUACGACGACCUCAAGGACGGUGCGCUUCAAGAAAACACAUUUAAAAGCAGGAUUGAAGGCAUACUGUCAGCGGAGAUUGGCGGAGAUAUUCUGCCGGAAGGAGGUGGUGAAGUUAAUAAAAUAGGCAAUAUUGGUCAAGCAAAAUAUGCAAAUUACACAAAGCAAGUUGACCAAGAUAGCCUUACACACAGAGACAUCAAAAGCAUGACAGGCGGCCUUCCCACUGCCAUCAAACAAAUAGAAACAAAGGUCACAGAGGCUUUAGCCUCCAUCGAAAAUUUGAAAUCAGAUAUUGUCUCCCACGCAGAUGACGUCAAAUCCAAACUCGCUGCCAUGUGCGAAAUUGUGAAGAAGGCUGCCGAAGGAAACUCAGAAAGCGCCAAAGGGAAGCUGUCGGAACUGAGAAGCAAAAUCGGUCGGAACACUGUAAAGAAGCCUGGCGAUGGUGUACUCAUGAAAAUUAAGAACGAUCUGGAAACUCUCAAAAAGACACAAUUACAUGAAUGCAUAUCAGCGGCAACUGACUUCAGCAACCACGCCGAACGAUUGAAAACGUCAACUAUCUCCAGUCUCCAAGAUAUAGUCGACACCCAACUCAAUGAUUGUAUGGCUGAGCUCACCAAGCAGGCAAACACCCAUUACGUCACAACCAUGCACUACCUAUUGGAACAAUUCGCCGACAAGGUGAGAGGGCAGUUGGAUAAAUUGCCUGAAGCAAUCGAAGAAGACUUGGCAACUGGCUUCAAAGGUUUCAUGGGAGCGUUUCAGGGACAGAAUGGUCAAGCAGCAAAUUAUGAUAAUAUCGAAAAACUGAAGGACAUUGUCGACCGUCUCUCCAAGAAUCCCACUGACUACAAGGCAAACUUCGAAAAGCUGGCCAACAAGUUCCAGUCAUUCUGGCAGCCACUCAAGACGUACCUCGACACGGAUCUCAAGAGGGAGUACGCUGAGGAGAUGAAAAGGAAGACUCCACCGGUGACGAUUGGCGAAGGCGAUAAACACCCUUACGCCGAGCAGCUUGAAAAUGUCAAAGAUAAGCUGAACAUUCUGCUCACACAACUUCAAGACUCCGGCAACUUCACUCACAGUGUUGCCCAUAAUCUCGGCAUUUUGAACAACGCACAUGAUAAUCUAGUUCCUACCAAUUUCUCUAGUCCGUGCAACACGCUCGUCGACGCCCUUAAGAGCGGUGUGAAUGCGUUGGUCAGUGAGCUUAUUAAGACAUAUUUAAACGCGUACGACGGAGCUUCGGAUGGCAUGGUAUUGGUCGACGCAAGAAAUGAUAAAGUGACCGAUGAUGGCAACAAGUGCGCUAAAGUGUGCCUGUCGCUGCUCUCCAUCCUGUAUUCCGAGUUCAAGACUUUACUGAAGUACUGCGUUGCAAGGUGUAAAAGCGAUCAAAUAAACAUAAACACAGAGCUCGGAAAAUAUUUCGCCACUCAAGGCUACAAAGUUACCGAGGACGGGAAGAAGCACUGGGAGCUGCAGGACAGUAAAGGCAUGACAGGAUUAUUCAUCUGCAAACGUAUGUUCGGGAAAGAUGAACACCACUUGUAUUACAUUGAUAAAUCUAAGCAAAACGCACUGGAUACACUGCACGACUGUCUCCAAACAUAUUAUCAAGUCAGCCACAUCGCCACCUUCUCUGCGAGGAAACGUCCAUGUAACAUAUUCGAGAUGCUGUGCUGGGUGUCCGGGCUACCGUGCAAUAACGUGUAUCAAGAUAUGUUGGAUGACGCUAUCAGUGAACUAUUCGUCGAUCCAAGUAAACAGCCCGAAGACGCCGAUGGUAUUCCCGUCACAUACAUCAGCGACGAACCCCUGCCAGCGUAUCCACAAAACAUAGCGAUGGACGAUACUCAGCGCGCAGUGAAACGCCUGUGUUCCAGAUCCCACGAUAUUCUCACAACAAUCGCUGGAACCGGGGACGCGUACUCCAUGUACGCCGUUGACUACUCGACCAAUUCGCUGAACUUUCACUACCCAUCCAAGGGCGAAGAUUGCCUUCAGAUGCUAUUGGACAUUCUUCGCAGACUACUACCCUCACUUAAAUUUUUGCAUACUCAAUGCGGCCUAAGCUCUGCAUACCACGGCUGGUCCGGCUGUCAGUACGGCAGAGGAGUCAAACACUCCAAUUGGCAAUGCGGUGAACACCCCGCCAACGAGUCAACCGAUUGCCUACCUAGAUCACCGCUGAUGUCGUAUCUUCGCGACAGCCUACCCGGGUGCCUGCCUCACCAGUUGGUUUCAGCGGGGUGUAAGUCCGAGUGUAAAACGUGUCCCAAAAGCCUACCCGGUGCGCCAUGUAUAACACCACUUGGCUUUAGGGGUUUCUCGGGAAGCACGAAGACAGGUAAGGACAUAUGUACCGUGCUGACCAAAUUCUUCGACAAUUCGAAUAUUAACGCGCUCUUCGGUCUGCUGCCCAAGCCGCCAUCUACAUUGCCCGAACACUUCCAAUUUGCGUUGACGUUAAGUAGUAUGUUAGAUAAUGCUAACGCCGCUAGUGAUGUCAGCUUAGCUUUUGUAACGAAAACGAAAGCGCUCUCAAUCGAUCUAUACAAAGAGACAAGCAAACUCACAGGUGCGCUGCAGAAUGCAUAUCGCAACCAAGCAGGCCACACCAGCUCAGACCAUUCCAAAUCUACGGAGGCUGACUUGUCGAGCCUGUCGAAAGAUUCGUGCAAUCUACCUCAUGAGAGGGAUAUUCACUGCGCUCCCUACCUCUGCUCCACAUCUUCAGAUGCGUACACGUACCUCGCCAAAAAGCACGCUGAUCUUUACCUCUCAUGGGCUGUAUAUCUACCGUGGACAUUCUACAGUUACCUGAAAUCAUUGCUCGAUGCGUUCCAGCAGAUUGAUUGUGGAGGCUCCGGUUGUACGAAAUGUUCGUGCAAGCCGGGUAAGCAUGGUGUCGAAUACAGCUGCAAGUGCAAGGCACUGAUAAGCUGUCGUGGAGUGAUGACUACGUUCUACCAGUACGGGUUCACUUUUGGCGACGCAAAAACGCUGUAUGGAACUAACAGGAAAUUCUGCCUUAGUUUCAGUACACAGCUGAGUAAUCUGCUGAAAUCGCAACACUUCACCAAAUUAUUUGAAGAAUGUGACAACUUCAUUUGGACAAUCAGAGAACCGUUCACCUAUCUAGUCCUCGCGCUCUGGUCACUCUCCCUUUUCUACCUCGUUUGCGUAAUGGUUGGCAGACUGGAUGUGCUCCAUAUCAAAUCGCACUUACGAUCACCAUCAUCGCACAAGAUUACUGCUCAAUCAUUGUUGGCGGCGGCGCAAGUCGGAAGGCUUGCCAAGAUAUCGUACCUGCAGCCGUGA